GUUUUUGCUUUUGCGCCAUAAAAAUCUUCUUUCUUGUAAACAUGGCGAACAACACAGAGGUGCUAGCUUCAGCUAUAGUGUAUGAUUUCUUAUUAAAAGUAGAUAAAAACAUAGCAAAUAAUUUUAAAAAGAAAACAGCAACGUCAGUGAAAGGCUCCCCGUUGAAUUAUAUCGUCAACCACUUUGUAAAAACUAGUAAAAGUGCAGAAUUAAAUCAAAUUAAAUCGACUUUAAAACUAAAUUCAUCUGAGUCGGAUGAUAGCAGCGAAGAAGAAGAUCCUAAAACUGCAUUAGUCAAUGGUAAAGUUGGUAAGCCCACAGUUGCUAAAAAAGAUAGUAGUUCAGAAGAGUCCAGCUCGGAAGAGGAGGAGACCGUCAAGGUUCCACCAAAACCGGCAGCGACAGCUAAACCUCCAGUAGCAAAGAAACCAGCAAGUAGUAGCUCAGAGGAAUCUUCGGAAGAAGAAGACAAUGCACCUCAGGUUAAGAAACCUACACAAGUUGCGAACAAACAAGCAGUUGCGAAACAAAAUCAGGCAGUAGCGAAACCAGUUGCAAAAAAAGAUGAGAGUAGUUCUGACGAGUCGUCUUCAGAAGAAGAUGAGCCUCCUAAAAAAAUUGCACAACCUUCUAAACCACAGCCGGCAAAAGCACCUACAACACACCAAAAAAAAGAGGAAAUGAGUAGCUCCGAGGAAGAAUCAUCCGAGGAGGAGGCUCCUAGUCCAGCCAAAACUGCCGUUAAGCCGCAACAACCACUUAAACCAGUCCCGGUUCCCAAAGAGAGCAGUUCAGAGGAGUCCUCAUCUGAGGAAGACGAACCGGCCAAGAAACCACAGGCUGUAAAGCCCGUAGCAAAAGUCACCCCUCAGAAGACUGCUGAAAGCAGUUCCGAGGAAGAAUCCUCUUCAGAGGAGGAAACAAAUGUAAAAGUAAACGGAAAGCCGCCCGUUGCUAAACGACCUGUAAAUAGUAAACCGGCAGAAGAAAGUAGUUCAGAGGAGUCCGAUUCUGAACCGACAAAAACUGUCGUGCAACCCAAGAAACCUGUAACGCAACCGCCCGCAGUAUCUAAGAAGAAGGAGGAGAGUAGUUCGGAGGAGGAGUCAAGCGAGGAUGAAAAGCCACCCGCCAAAGUGCCGCCGAAACCGGUGCAGUUUGUUAAAGCAGCUAAAAAGGAGAGUUCGUCGGAGGAGAGUAGUUCUGAAGAAGAAGCGCCGGCUGUAAAAGCUCCUGCAGUUGCUGCAAAAAAGGCUGCCGCAAAUGCAGACUCAUCGUCCGAUAGUUCCGAUGAUGAAGAAGAAGAGGGUCCUGCAAGUAAACCGGUACCGAAGAAACGCGAAGCAGAGGCUGAUGCAAACGAAAAUUCAUUUGCAAAGAAACCGAAAUUCAACAACUUUAACAAGAACAAUAGUUUUUCAGGAAAUGGAAAGUCCAAUACACCUUUCCGUCGUAUAAAUGAUGAAGCGGUACGCAUCGAUCCAAGACUACAAAAUAAUUCAUUCGAAGCCAAGAAAAAUGCCCGAGGCUCUUGGGGAGAAAGAGCAAAUUAUGAUUUAAAGAACACCCGUGGAAAAAUGUUUAAACAUGAGAAAACUAAAAAGAAACGUGGUUCGUAUCGCGGUGGUACAAUAGACUUGGGCGUGAAUUCUAUAAAAUUUGACUAAAAUGUGUGCAUAAUUCGGCUGCGUUAUCGAUAUUAGUUUUUCUAUAUAAUUUUUAGUAUUAGAGUUAUAAUGUAAUAUUACAUUAAGUUGUGCUAUAGACUGGUUAAGUUUUCUACGACGUAAAGUUUUAAUAUGUUUUAUGUAAGUGGCACCUUACAAUGUUCGUCAACUUUAAGUAAAAGUAUUUAUAU